GAUUAUCUCGCACUUACUCCCGCUAACGCCGUGGUGCUUGUAGAGGUACACUUCGUUCACAUCACGACACCCCGUUUGCACCAUAUAAGGUAUGGUCGCGCGCCUCUUGGUGCUUGUAGAGGUGCAGUUGGUUCCCUCGAUCCUCGCCGCCUUGCGCUGCACAGCGGCGGGAUGCUUUCUUCCCCUACAGGUAUAAAAGCACGCAUUGCCCGCCAUGAUGGCCCCAAAACCAGACCCCUCCGCUAUCCACAAUGUCCGCCACUCACCUUACGCCUUACUACGAAGAUGACCUCGCCCCCGCCGCACUCGACUCGUCCGUCUCCGAGGCGUACACGCGACCCGGACUCCUCGACAACCUUUGCGAAGGGUUCGUCGAUCCGUAUCGGAAUCAAACAGGGAUGUUCGGAGCGCUUUCCGCCGGACCCUCGCUCUUCGAGUUACCGGACGCGGACCUGGAUGCUCUCAUCCAUGGGCUAUGUGACCCAUACAGCACGUCGGUCCCAUGCCCUGAUUCUCUCAUGCUAGCAGCAGACACCGUGCCGCAGCUGCAGCCCGCACACCCAUCUCCCACCUUCGCGGAGGACAGGUCACUCUGGCACAAUGCCCUUCCUGGGCCAUGCACGUAUGGCUCGCCUAGGUCUAGUGCGGUUGACAUGUCGCAGAGUCCGGUCUUCUACUACAGCGACGAGACCGCGUAUUCGAGCCCCUUCCGCGAGCGCUCUUCGACCAUGGACCUUUUCUCCACCUUACCUCCCGACCCCUCCCCGGAGUUGUUCUUUGAUUCACCGGGCGCAGGAUCUUCAUCUGCGACCUGCCACGAUGUCCAGUCGCCGACUUCUGUGACAUACCAGACUGCGCCCGGCGCGCCCUCCGCCCCCGCUAAUGAGUCGCCGAAGAAGCGAGCCAACUCGACGUCGGGCACGAGCCCCGCUCGCCGCAAACGUACUCCCCGCAGCUCUGUCGUCCCGUAUUCUCGCACUAGUCGAGUGCGCACCACGUCGCCUCGAAACAAGCAGGUCGGCUUUGUACCGUCUGCCGAGCCCGUCGCCCACGAAGAGCUGUCCGCCUGCUCGUAUUGUCCGUUCUCUACGAAGCGCAAGGGCGACCUCGAGAGACACGUGCGCACGCAUUUCGCUCUCAGUCGUGGACAGGAGUGGGUCUGCUGCGGAGUCCCAGAGGAGGAUGCACUCGAGCUCACCAGAGACAGCUACGAGUAUGGAAGCAGGAGGAUGGUCGGAGGCUGCUUGAAAUCGUUCAGCAGACACGAUUCGUAUCUCCGGCAUCUGAAGAAAGCGAGGUGCUUGAGGCCUGCGCAUCUGUAGCAUCCCGCCGUAGGUUUUCAUGAUGAGUAGCAUUGAUAUAGACGAUCGGAAGCUAGUUAUGUUACCUGACCUAUCGCGUCCUCGUCGCAAUCUCAGCGUUCUUUAUACCAUUGAUUGGGUGUCGGCUCAUACAGCGCACAUACGGUAAUAGACUGAGGAUUCACGAGUAGGCUAUGAGAAUACAGGGGCAGAAUUAGGUACAUACGCAGUGGGAUCUAGUCCGUACCGUGACAUCGUACAUGUACGCACCGAUGCUCAGUUACUCCCAGACGUUCGGCGGAAUCCCAGGUCCCGUCACGUCAAUUGUCAGACUUUCGUGAUCUUUCCACGGUGGAAAUUUGACCUUGUAAGCAUCGAGGCAGCGUUCAUGCGGUACAGCAUGAAAGAAAUCGACGCUUUCCUCCGGUGCCGUGACUG